UUCGAUCUUCAACCGAUUGCUUUACCCACUGGCCCACCAACGACCUUCCUACCCAAUAGUCUGGCCACGCCCUCCCCAAUUCAUCCUCACUUACAAAUUGUUGCGCACCCUCCAUGUGCUGUAGACGUUUGCUCCUCUUAGAAUUAUAAAGGCAUGGCUGCUGGACCAAUUCAAGAAAGGAAUCAGGACGCCACUGUGUACGUGGGUGGCCUGGAUGACAAGGUGACUGAACCUACUCUAUGGGAACUCUUUCUCCAGGCUGGUCCUGUUGUGAACGUGCACAUGCCUAAAGAUAGGAUCACAAUGUCGCAUCAGAGCUACGGGUUCGUAGAGUUCAUGAGCGAAGAAGAUGCUGACUAUGCAAUAAAGAUCAUGAAUAUGAUAAAGCUGUAUGGAAAACCCAUCAGAGUGAACAAGGCUGCUUCAAAUAUGAAAAGCCUGGACGUUGGUGCCAAUGUCUUCAUUGGGAAUCUUGAUCCUGAGAUUGAUGAGAAACUUUUGUACGACAUAUUCAGUGCAUUUGGGGUUAUCCUGCAAACUCCAAAGAUUAUGAGAGAUCCGGACACUGGAAACUCUAAGGGAUUUGCUUUCAUCAACUUUGCCAGUUUUGAUGCGAGUGAUGCUGCAAUGGACGCCAUGAAUGGCCAGCAUUUGUGUAACAGAAUCAUCAGUGUCUCGUACGCAUUUAAAAAGGACACCAAAGGAGAAAGACAUGGCUCUGCUGCAGAGAGAAUGCUUGCUGCUCAGAACCCUCUUGCUCAGAUGGACAGGCCUCACCAGAUGUUUGCCGAUGCCCCACCCAUCAGGCCUGGAAUGUCGGUAAUGCCAACGAUGCAGGCUCCUCCAGCUUUCAUGCCAAUGCAUCCUGGAAUGGGUGGAAUGGCUGGAAUGGGGCCUCCACCAAUGAUGGGCGGACCUCCUCCCGGUGGACACUACCCUCCACCGCAUGGCCACCCACAUGGUCACCCACCACCGAUGAUGAUGAUGAUGAUGGGUGGACCACCCCCCCACCCCAUGAUGCCACCUCCUCCACAGGGACUCCUACCACCCCCACCACAGCAAGCACCACGCCCACCUCUUCUCAACAACCCUCAGGCACAGGCACACUCAGGGGAGCAGCAACAACAACGCCCCUCACUACUUGCUCCACCCGCUGGUCAGGUCCCAGAAGGUCAGGCUCCACAAGUUCCACCAUCCUCACAGCCACCCCCUCAAUCGGAACAGAUGUCCAGCAACGCUCCUCCUCCUCUUCUGCAAGCACCAAUUUCACAGCCUUCCGGUCCACCAAUGCAGCCACCACCUCCACAGCAUCACCUUCCACAAGGACCACCCCCUCACCCUCCACAAGGUCCACCUCCACCACAAGGUCCACCUCCACAAGGUGUACCCCCUCAUCCUCCACAAGGUCAACCCCCUCACCCUCCACAAGGUCAACCGAUGCCGGGUCAACAUCCACAAGGUUUCCCUCCUGGACCCCCUCCGUGGUUCCGCCCCCCACCUCCACCACAGCACAUGAUGCCUCCACCCCCGCCUCACAUGAUGCCCCCAGACGGCCAAUUCAUGCGCCCACCCUUCCCCCCAAGGGGCAUGCCACCUCCUCCCCCUGGGCAACCCUUCCCUGGACAUGGUGGACCUCCACAAUAACUCUAUUGUACAUAACAGAUAAUGUGUUUUUCUCUAUUCUAUUUGUGCAACAAUAAUUCUUAUUUUAGCAUUAAAUUUCAGA